UCGCGCGGCCAUUUUGUGACGUCACUAUUAGGGCGUGGCUUAACACUGGUAGGCAAAAACAAUGGCGGACACAAAGAUUACUACGAGGAAGAUACCUGAAAGCGAAGGCGAUAUCGCAUAUUAUAUCGAGGAUCAGCCACGCGAGGCAAGGCAGCGAUAUGAAACGAAGUUGACCUACGACAAGGGGCAGAAGUCUUUACCUAAUCCGUACAGAUUAUCCUCGGGAUGGGUAAACGACAUAUCUACCUGGCCAGACCUAACUUACGGCGAUAUUUAUAAUUACCUGAUCGACAGCCCAGGUGUAUACACCAAGGAAUCUAUGAAAGCCUACAAAUCGUUGGACGCAUACAGGUAUGUGCAGAGUGGACAUGUCCAGGAAGUGUACUACCAUCCUUUGGAUGAUAGGAACCUCUUCUGUUUCCUCAAGGCAAAGGUUGUUCCAUCGCAGAGAGUGAAUGAUAAGCCUCACCAACCAUGGAUAUGUGUCAACAAAGACAGUGGCAAUAUCUAUUGUGCACAUUGCACAUGCAUGGCAGGACUCGGAGAGGCCUGUAGCCAUAUUGCCGCACUCAUGUUUAAAAUACAGAUUGCCGUUCACAUGGGUUUGACAACCAAAUCAUCAACUAGUGACAUCUGUAAAUGGAACAGCACAUUUCGAAAGGAGAUUGAGCCCAAGACAGUGUCCGAAAUGCAGGGUAUCCUAAAGGAUGGAAAUCGAACACAUCCUGUAGCAACUGUUCAUGCAACAAGCAGGGACCCUUUACCCUCAGAUGACAUCAUCAAAGCCCUCAAAGAUGUGUGUCCAGGUGCCGUAUUUUUCACCACAAUUCCACCUGUUGGUCCCCAAGAGACAGUCGAGAAGCCGAAAAAAACAGAAAAGGCUCCAGCCACAAUCACAUCUCUGUUCUGUACAGACAACAUCCCCAGUGAUACAGAUGAACUGAAGGACAAGUGCCAAGAGGUAUGGACAAGUUAUAUUGUAACACAUGACCAAGCUUCCUUUAUUGAACAAUCAACAAGGAACCAGAAUGUGUGUAGCCGGUGGUUUGAACAUAGGAAGGGCAGGAUUACAGCCAGUAAAGCCCAUGAUGUGUUUGUGAGGAGAGACAGCACUAAGCCAGACAAUUUAGUACGGAGAAUUGUUGGAUAUCAGUCCUACGAUCUUUCGAAGACAAAAUCUGUUUCGUGGGGAUUGGACAAUGAGGACACAGCUAGGGAGCAGUACAGGAAAGCCAUGACAUCUGUCCAUUCGAACUUUGUUGUCAGAAAGUCUGGUCUCCUGAUCGAUUCCAAUAGGCCGUAUCUUGGAGCCUCAUCAGAUGGUAUCCGUGAAUGUGCGUGCUGUGGCAAAGGAACUGUGGAAAUAAAGUGCCCUUACAAACACAGGAAAUCACAAAUUGACCAUGCAGCGAAAUCUGACGGCACCUUUUGCCUUGAUAAGGACCUGAAGCUCAAGCGUGGACAUAAAUAUUAUACUCAGGUACAACUGCAGAUGUCUGUUCACCGGGUUCAGUUUUGUGAUUUCAUAAUAUAUACAGAGAAGGACAUGAUAGUGAACAUCAUUCCAUAUGACACCGAUUACUGUCAGAAAGUGCUAACAAAGUGCAACACAUUUUUCAUGGACCAUAUACUACCAGAGAUCCUGACAAGACGUCUCUAUAAUUCUGAGUCAUCCGCAGCAGACAAACUGGAGGAAGAGAACCUCUACUGUAUAUGCCAAGAACCAGCAUACGGCAAGAUGGUACAAUGUUCAAAUGCAGAUUGUCCAAAUGAAUGGUUUCACUAUGGAUGCAUGAACAUUAGGAGGAAACCAAGAGGGGCUUGGUUCUGUCCAACUUGCAAGUUGUGAACUUAAUUAUGUGAUCGUUAAGUUGUGAACUAUUUACUCCAGACUCGACAGGUGUGAACUUGUUGUGUGAACAUUUAAGUUGUGGUGAACUCUACUCCAGCCUCGACAGGUGUGAACUUGUCAUGUGAACAUUUAAGUUGUGAACUUUAUUUACUGCAGACUUGACAGGUUUACAAUAACCAUGUCUUUGUCAUUUGGAUUCCCUUGAAAUUAGAACACAAAUUCAGUGAUUAUAAGCAAGUGAUUUUUAAUGUGUGAUUAUACAUUUAUAAAUUGAAACAUGAAUGAUAUCACUACAAUUGCAAUAUGAUUAAAUAACUUGAACAGUC